CUGAACACAAAAAUUCCUGUAUUUAAUGCUGAAGCCAAGAGGAACUAGUUAUUGAUCAAGAUGGCUCUUCAACAGUUUGCAUGUGGGAUCAUUGUGAUGAUUGUUUUCCUCUCCAGAGGAAUCAACACACAACAUGCCUGUGCCAGGUCUCCAAUCAACAGCAGGAUCCUAGGAGGGCAAGAUGCCUCUCCAGGAGCUUGGCCAUGGCAUGUCACUCUUACCCACCGUGGCGGGGUCUUCUGUCAAGGCUCCCUGAUCACAGAUCAGUGGGUUCUGACAGCUGCCCAUUGUUCAAUAAGGUAA